AAUUAAAAAUUUGAACUUGACAGUAGAUCGAAUUGGUCAAUUUGGCCGGCUAGUGUGAUAGUUACUUUCUUUAUAUUAAAUUAUUUUUGUUUGGUAACAUUGCGGCUGUCAAGGAAACAGCAGCUUUUAAAUUUCUUCCAAUGGCUGCCAACGUCAACGAGGAUAAGCUGUUUCGCAUUAAUAAUCGUUUGUGCUAUUUUUCAAAUAACGGAGCAUAUUUAGCGGUUGCGUUCCAUUCUAAUUUACUUAUAAAAGACGCGAAGACCUUCGACACUUGUCACUCGUUUGUAUUUGCCGACGUGAUACAAUGCAUAGAAUGGUCUCCAAAUAGUGAAUAUAUUUUAUGUGCAAAUAUAAAGAAGGCCAUUGUUCAGGUAUAUUCAGUGCAUCAUCCCAAGUGGAAAUGUAAACUUACAGAAGGCAGCGUAGGUUUACAAAGUGUUACUUGGUCCCCAGAUAGCAAAUGUAUCCUUACCAUAGCAGAUUUUAAUAUUCAAAUAUCUAUUUGGGACUUGGAAGAUCAGACUGUAUCAUAUAUACAAAAUCUAAAAACGUCUGCUUUUGAUAAAUUGCACUUUAGUCCCAGUAGUAGGAGAUUAGCUGUGAUAACUACAGAGAAAAACAAAGAUACAGUGGAGAUUUACAGAACAGACAAUUGGAAAAUAAGUCGAAAACUCAUUUGCGAUCGUUUGCGCAACAUCGACAGGAUUCGCUGGUCACCGAACGACGAAUUAUUAUGCAUAUGGUGUUCAUCUCCCGCCGAACCUAAACUUAUUGUUUAUUCUACCGUGUGGGAGAAACAUGUGGCUGCAUUUUCUCCGUUGGAAAUUACACAGCCACCCGAAACGGUAUACAGUUUUGAAAGAAAAUUGAAAGGAAUCGAAAAUGUCGAAUGGAUGCCCAGCGGACAAUUUUUAGCUGUAAUUGGAUGUAACGAAGUGAUUAUCAUUCUUAAUUACAUUACAUGGACACCACUGUUACAAUUAUAUUUAGAUCCAUUGAUCAGAGAAUGUAAUUAUUUAACAAGGGUAUAUAAGGAGUUUAUUGAUUCGGGAAAAAACCCGAACAAAUAUAUUGUCUCCUGCAAUGAACGUGUUCUUCGCGAAAUACAUGAACGUCCUAUAUGUAUAGAAAUUGGAAAAAAGGAUAGCAGUGAUAAUUUCUCAGUAGCGAAGGUUAAUCUAUUUGAAUUCAGUGUCUGUGGACAAUACUUAGCUGUAAAACACGAGCUUUAUCCUACCACAUUAUGGAUAUGGGACAUUUUUACUGACUAUCUUGAUUAUUUGCUACUUGAAAAUCCUAUCACGACCAUUAAAUGGAGUCCCGUUCACCCACAAUUAUUGGUGUUCUCCGAGUAUACCACACGUGUGUACGAAUGGAGCCGAAAAAGUACAAGAAUUCUACCAAUGUCUAAGUAUAUGUCGGUCGUAGAUGCUCAUUGGCACCCUACCGGAGAUAAAGUUGCAUUAUGCGGUUAUAAUAAGGCAAUGAUUUAUGAAAUCACAGAUAUAUCUUAGCAAGUAAUAAUUUAAAUUGACAUCUGAU